AUGCCACGUAAGCUACGUAAGAAUAUACGUAAGAGGAAGGGAGCAUUGAAACAUCCAAUAGUAAAACUGACACCACAACAACAGUUGCAACAACAAAUGAUGAAUAACCCCACUAUGUUGCAACAAAUGUCAAGCAACCCUAUGCUUUUAAACCGAGUUAUUGUUGCACAGAGUGGAGGUUUAAGAGCGGCACUUUUAGCGAAAAUGGCAGGCUAUGGUGGAGCUGCAGACGGAACAGCUUAUAACCCUCAAAGUCAAAUGAAUUUGAGUUCACUCAAAAAUCAAAUAACAGAUGUCAAAAAGUCAAACAUAGACAUACAGAAACAAAUAAGUGAAAACGAAAAGAAACUAGAAUAUGACAGACAGACAAAGAAACUCAAUGAGUUAAACGUAGAGAAAAAGAAGAAAGAAGAACAACUGAAAGAACUAAGUACAGAGGAAUAUGCGAAAAAAGUGUCAGAAAAAGCAGCAGAAGUAGCAAAAAUGGAACAAGAUGUUAUAAAUUUGAAAAACCAUACUACUCAAUAUAAAGUACUGAAAGAUGAAGAGAUAAAACAAAAAGCCAUGAAGACAUAUAUGGAUAGCGAUGAGUAUAAAAAAGAAGUUGAAGCAAAUGUAAAGGCAGAAAAACUUUUACAGUUGCAAAACCAAACCGUACAGUAUGAAAACUUAGCACAAGAAAGUAAAAAUAACGACGCAGCCAUGCAAAAGGCAAUGAAAAGUGCAGAUAUUAUAAAAGCUAAUAAUGACUGGUUAGAUGCCCAAGCCAACGCUAAAGCAGCCCAACUUAUAGGGUCAAUAAGGACAAAAAUACAAGCGGAUGAAGACAGUUCAAAUGAAGCUUUAAUGAAUGCUGACUUUAAGAAUGCCUUCGAAGCUCUUCAUAGUAAGGUGAAACUAGUGAACGACUUCUCAUUUGGAAAGAAACUGAAGUCUGAAGGUUUCGACAAAGAGUUAAGAGAAGUAGCACAAAAUAUGACGAAAAUAACAGAUGCAGCAACGAGACAGGCAGUUCAAAGUGCCUAUGACGCCGUUAGAGCAACUGUUGUGGAAAGUCAAGAAAAAGAGUUACAACAGACCAAAACAGACCUAGUAAAUGCUUUCUUAAAAACGAAAAGUCAGGUAGGACAUUAUGCUGCAGAUGGAACAUAUGUGCCAGCUGGUGGAACUUAUAUACCACCAAACCCUCCAAGAGAAGCACCUGCACCAGGACUACCUAAAACAUUUACAUCGUCACAUGGACACAGACACAGGCAUGCACCAAAACAACAACCAACACAACAACCAACAGUUCAAAAUCCAGCACCACAACAACAACCAAAACCAACAGUUCAAAACCCUGCACAACAACCAACAGUUCAAAAUCCAGCACAACAACAACAACCAACACAACAACCAACAGUUCAAAAUCCAGCACAACAAUAA